UGCAAGUUUCUCCAAGCGCGUUGUCAUGCUGUUCUUUUUGUGCUAUUUUGAUUAAGGAACUAUAAAGACUAUUCAAGAUAUUUAAGCUAUUUAAGGUAAAGACUAUAAAGGUAUUUAUAGUUCCCUAAUUUUGAUCAAGCAUCGAGUCACCAAAGACCUUAAAGAUCUCUUCAUGGUCUUUGAGAGUAACAAGCACAGAGAAGAGAAUGUUCUCCUACUUCGUGACACAAGUUAGUCUUGUAAAAUGCAUGAUUAGAUUUGAAGAUACCUUUCUGUAUACUUUCUGUUCUAUGGUGUUGCAUCUUUCCAUUUCCAUCCUUCCAUGCUAAUUUAUUGGCUGGUGUUUUUGAUUUUGAGUCCGGCUGUCCUCUAAUAAUUUAUUAUAGUUUGGUACUUUAUUUUAUCCAAUAUCAAUUUGAAUAUAAAAUACCAAAAUGGAGUCAGAAGUAAGUAGCCUACUUAAAAAUUGUAUAAGCAAUUAUAUCACAAUGGACAUAUGGUACAUAACUUGAAACUCAGUAAGGCCUUUUUCAAUUAAACAUUACUGUAUUAUUUAUUAUGAUUACAUAUUUAUAUCUUAUCUCAUGUUAUAAAUUGAGGUUUUAGAGCGUUAUUGAGUAAUUGCUACAUGAUUCAUAUUUACAUUAUAUGCAUUAGAGCAUGUAAGAUGUUUAGGAUAUUUAAAGAUUUUAGGCCGGGAUUACACGGUCAAAUUUUUUAUAAAAGAUAUUUGACAAACAUAUUUGAUAGUCUAAUAGGCCAUAUUUUAUAAAAGAUUUCUUUUAUCAAAGAUAAUAGGUUGGCAUUAUCUUUUAUAAAAGUUCAGAUUCUGAAUUUCAGGUGAUGUUAAUUUGAUUGAGGUUAGUUUUAUUUCAGGUUAGUUUUUAAUUUGAAUGAAAUGUCUUCGAAGUACACUUGGUGUGUUGAAACCAAUAACCUCCUUAUUUCCGAAUAUGAAAAUCAUAAAAGUCUAUUUAAUCCUAAACAUCAAGAUUAUAAAAAUAGACUAUUAAGACAAUCGUUUUAUAAAAGAAUUGCCGAAAAUAUAAAUCUUAAGAACUGGAUGUACACAUGAUGACAUCAAGAAGAAAAUAAAUGGUCUUAGAAGCCAAUUUCUGUCAGAAAAAAUGAAGAUGGCGACAGUUACUAUUAAAAAGGAGGAGGAGGAGGAUGAUGAUAGCAGCCAGCAACCAGCUGCAGUGGAAGAUGAUUGCAGCCAACAACAUUAUCUAAUCCCUGGCUACAACAUGAUCUUCAUCAAAGAGGAUGCAUAUGACGAGCAAGAGGCUGAAGAAAGUGCAGUGAAGAGCGAACCAGAGAUGUGGCCUUCAAACUGCAGCACAUCUGGCCGAGACUAUGCAACAGAAGUGGGUGGACUGAAUGAGCAUUCAAUCUCUCCAGUGGAAAAGUGCACUGAGUCAUCUGUGGCUGGCAAAAAGACCAAGCUCUACAGCUGCACUCACUGUAGCUAUAAGACCCCAUGGUUCAGUCAUUUGAAGAUACACAUUAGAAAACACACUGGGGAAAAACCUUUCAGCUGCGAGUUUUGUGGCUACAAAAGUGAUCAGUUAGGUAAUUUGAAAACACAUAUCAGAACACAUACUGGAGAAAAGCCUUUCAGCUGCGAAUUUUGUGUUUUUAAAAGUACUAGGUUAAAUGAUUUGAAAGCACAUAUCAGAACACAUACUGGAGAAAAACCUUUCAGCUGCGAAUUUUGUGACUUCAAAAGUGCUCGGUUAGGUACUUUGAAAGCACAUAUCAGAACACACACUGGGGAAAAACCUUUUAAUUGCGAGUUUUGUGAAUUCAAAUUUGCUCAGCUAGGUAAUUUGAGAAGACAUAUCAGAACACAUACAGGAGAAACAACUCCUAGCUAAGCAUAAUUUUGUCAACCCUCACUUUCUUAUCAAACUUUAUCAAAACAGUCAUCUACUCUACCUUGAAUCUUCCAAUUAAACUUCAUCUUCAAUUGAUUCAAUCUAUUUUAUCAAUAAGUAAUAACUUGGUGGGUAAAUCGUGCAGUGGAGUCUGCCAUGAAUGAGGUUAGCUCUCCUUCCUUUGUGGCUUCAAAAACCAAAAAUAAUUA